AUGAAACCAUCUAAACUGCAAGAUCAUCUGAGAAGACGCCACCCUGAUAAAACAGAGAAAGAUUUGAAAUACUUUCAAACACUCAAAGAUAAAUUUCAGAAGAGACCUACACUGGACAGAAUGUUCGCUUCGACGUCACAAAGAAAUGAUGAUGGUUUGCGGGCGACUUACAAUAUCUCGUUACUUAUAGCAAAAUCCGGAAAACCGCAUACUAUCGGAGAGAAGUUAAUUUUGCCAGCCGUUGAAGAGUCAACUUUACCUGAUAAUGCAGCAUUAUUAUUGGCAUAUGUUCGUUUUAUUGUGAAUCAAGAAAUCUACGAAGAACUGCCCUUCGCAAGAACUUUGAUAACCGACACUAAAGGUGAAUCAAUAUUUCAUAUUUUGAAGGAUUACUUCAUUGAAAAAGCAAUUCCUUUAUCAAAUGUAAUAUCAGUAGCUACAGAUGGAGCGCCUGCUAUGGUUGGACGUUAUCGUGGAUUUAUAAGCUAUUUAAAACAAAAUGUGUCAGGGGUGUUAGCAAUACAUUGCGUCAUCCAUCGAAAACAUUUAGUUGCUAAAAAUUUGAGUGUUAGAUUGCAUGAAUCACUUCAUUUAGUCAUUGAUGCAGUAAACCGAAUCCGAAGCAACGCGUUGAAUACGUGGUUAUUUGCGCAGUUGUGUGAAGAAAAUGACGAACACUUUCAUCAAUUACUCCUUCACACUGAAGUACGCUGGCUGUCGAAAGGCUUAUGUUUGACAAGAUUUUUUGCACUUUUUGAGACUAUUUUAGAAUUUCUGGAUACUAAAGAUAAAAUUUUAAAAGAAAAUUUAAUGAAGAGGAAAACAGACAUCGCCUAUUUAACAGAUUUGUUUACAAAAUUUAAUAUGGUUAAUUUGCAAUUACAAGGCGACAGUUCAAAUUUGAUUAAAACAAAGUCCAUCUUAUCAGCGUUUUUUGCCAGAGUUAAACUAAUGAAGCAAAAUAUUGGACGGGGCGAAUUUUCUCAGUUCCCCAAUUUGUCACAGACAAGCUGCCAGGAAGACGACGUUUCAACUUACGUUCAACAUUUAAAUGCCCUCUGUUCAGAUUUUGAAUCUAGGUUUGAGGAUAUUUUGACUAUGGUAAUACCACCGUGGAUAAUUAAUCCAUAUGUUCAAAAACGGAUAUCAGCAAUUCUGGCUGCAAAACAACAUACCCGUUACUUAUCCCGUAUUAUGGAAUACAGCGAGGAAAUUUUUAAUUUCCUUUCCAUCGUCAUACCUAGUGGAAAGGGGGUUCAGCGCUGUUACCAAUCUCCUAACGAAAAAAAUAAACAGACUGGAUCAUUAGCCGAGGAGAUUUAA